AAUUUUGGUUUAAUCACUUUAAUACUUUUAUUGAAAAUGGAUAAUGGCCAUUUGUUUGUCAUACAUAAGUUAUAAAGAUCAUUUUUAUUGCUUACUCCUAUUUUGAGUUGUUUACCCGCAUAGCUGAUCAUUGAAAAUUUAUUAAUAUUAACACCAUUAUUAAUGAAAUGUUUGUAAAUUUCACUUCCUGCUAUCACUGCUGAAGGUAAUUCACGAGUCGGUAAACUAUUAUCAAAUUGAACAUAAAAGCAAGGUAGGUUAUGCGUUAUCGCUCUUUUUAGCUGUUCGAAUGAAAUUGAAUACCCUUUAUUUAUGUUGAGUGACGGUUUCUGAGGCGGACGGUAUGACUGGUUCUGAUACGUCCGUGACGAUUGUUUUUCAAUCAGUGCCCGACGAUUAUUAUCCGAUCCUUCAUAGUACUGGUCAUAAUUUUGUCCUUUACUGUUAUUAUCCUUAAAUCUCGAUUUUUUCUGUUGACUAGAUUGAAAUGAUUGAUCAUUCUCGAAUUCUCUUUCAUUUCUUUUUGUGUUUGGAGUAGACGUCCUGUGUUGUUCAAUUUCAACGACUGGAGAAUUUUGGACAUUAAAACAUUGUUGCAUUCCAUUAUAUAAAACAUCUUUUGAGUGGGUUACUACUAAAUCCGUAUACUGUGCCUGUUGUACGUUUUCGUUAUCAUAAGAGUCAUACCGAACAUAAUUAUAAUUACUGUUGUGAUAUAAAUUCUGACUAUUUCCAUUUUUAUUAACCAUAUCAUUUCUUUGUCUAUACUGAUUGUAAGGAUGAGUCAUUUUUUUACAUAUACGCCCUUCACUGCGUAAGUGAAGCAGCGUGUUUAUUGUAAAAUAUAUAAAAUUUGUGGGUAAGUAUAUACUAGUUGAAGAAUACAAAAGUACGUCUUUACUGUAUGAAUGUAAAAGUAAAAGUGAUAAGUUCAUUUUAUAAGUAUAUAAUGAUUGAUAUUGUGGUGUUUAUAUACAAGCGGUCAGUGCAAAAUAAGAGGGUGACUGGCUUCUCCAAGUACCUGGCUGAAGCAAGUCAAGUAACGAUACUGCGUAAGUUCUUAUCAAGUACUUGCCAAGUGCUUAACUUGUCAUGUACUUCCCAAGUACUCAUCAAGUGGGUAUCCUAUACCUCCAGUUAAGUGUUUUACAGCUCGAAGUUGUUCUCUAUUUACUGACUCCCGAAUGAAACAUCAAAUUUUCGGGUAUUUUAGCGCAACGAGUAGCGCCUCCACCGAUUCUAUCUCAACAAUCUUCUCUGCCGGUGACAACACAAUCUCAAUCGCGAACAACACGUGAUUGACAAGGUGUUCGAGGUCGAGAUCGGACACGUGCUACUACACAAGCACCACCACCUCGUCAGAAUAUUAAUCAAAAUUCAGUUAACUUUAGUAUUCAUGAUCUUUCUCUCCACGAUGAUCGACCAGCGAGAACAACAAUAACAGGAGUGAUGCCUGAUGCGACCGACCGGUACAAUGAUUUUUUAGACCUUGAUAUGCUUACCAUUCGAUUACUACUGUUUUAUAUAUCGUGCGCAACUACCGCCGUUUGGAUCUUAUUGUACGGUUUUCGUGAACAGAUUGACAACAAACACAAAGAAUUAAUUGAAGCAUCAAUUACAAUUAAAAUGAAAAUUAUUAAAAAUUCAGAUACAUCGAUAAAGGACGAAUUACAGAAUGUCAAAAAAUGUAUUGAACAACUAUCAUUCUCAUCGAAAGACGCAAUCGAUUAUGAAUACUCACAAACAAUCGGUUUAGACGAAAAGUCAAAACAAUAUCUGAAUUAUUCGGAUAUCGUACAAUAUCUAGUGACAAGAGUAUGGUUUAUUUGCAUCUUUGGAUUAGCAACUCUAUUUAUUAUUGAUUGUUUGCAAACUUAG